CAGGCUCAGCCCGCCCAGCGCCGCGCUCCGGGGCCCAGCGCGCGGCACACGCAUCCACCCACCCACCCACGCAGCGGCCAUGGGCAAGGACAAGCAGCCCCGCGGCCAGCACAGGCAGGGGGGGCCGGCCGCGGACGCCGCCGGGCCCGACGACAUGGGGCCGAAGACGGGCAAAGGGGCCCCCAAGCAGUGCGGGGAGGAGGAGGCCCGGACGUGCUGCGGCUGCCGGUUCCCGCUGCUGCUCGCGCUGCUGCAGCUGGCGCUGGGCAUCGCCGUGACCGUGGUGGGCUUUCUCAUGGCGAGCAUCAGCUCCUCCCUGCUAGUCAGAGACACUCCAUUUUGGGCUGGGAUCAUUGUCUGCUUAGUGGCCUAUCUUGGUUUGUUUAUGCUUUGUGUCUCAUAUCAAGUUGACGAAAGGACAUGGAUCCAGUUUGCUAUGAAACUGUUGUACUUUCUGCUGAGUGCCGUGGGCCUGACAGUCUGCGUGCUGGCCGUGGCCUUUGCUGCCCACCACUACUCGCAGCUCGCCCGGUUUUCCUGCGGAACGGCUCUCGACGCCUGCCACUGCAAGGUGCCCUCCGAGGAGCCCCUCAGCAGGACCUUUGUGUACAGGGAUGUGACGGACUGCACCAGCAUCACGGGCACUUUCAAACUGUUCUUGCUCAUCCAGAUGAUUCUUAACUUGCUCUGUGGCCUUGUGUGCUUGCUGGCCUGCUUUGUGAUGUGGAAACACAGGUACCAGGUUUUUUACGUGGGGGUCAGAAUGUGCUCCCUCAGGGCUUCUGAAGGUCAGCAGCAAAAGGUCUAACAUUCUUGCUCACGGGUGGGAGACAAAGCAGCCCACUGCCGAGCUGAGGUCAAAAAAGAGAAAGGGAAGGAAGAAAGAAAGAGAGAGGAGGGAAAAAAAA